AUGGAUUCCAACGAACCAAACGACACCUCUUUUUUCGGUUAUAAGACUGGAGGGAGUGGCUCGCUACCCAAGCUUGCCUCCAGCUCACUACAAGACGCCAACAUCACUCCCAUCAAAAUGCUAGAUGCUAAGUUGCUGUCGAAAAUCUCUACACUCGCGAUUAUCGCUCAUUCCUCUUGUAUAACCGUAUCUGUUGUUCUAUGA